UAAACUUUCUCUAAAUAAUGAACAAAUCUCGAAUUUGAGUUUUUAUUUAUUUCUGAUUAUCUGGCGUGUUAUCGGCGUACUUUUAGUGAAUUGUGUAGCAUGAGUAUUGAUAUUUUUGUAAGAAGCUGAAAGUUAUGCGGAUUUUUCUAACCAAAUUAAUUUUUUCUCAGUGACAUUCCUAGCGUCAAAGGGUCACAUGGCUUUCGAAAGUUAGCUAUUUUACAAAGAAAAUAAGAGAUCUAUGUGUUCAGAGAGAAUUGAAGGCAACAUAUAUUAUCAUACAUGGAGAAAGAAGCUUCAGGGUGUAACCAGAAAGACGUUGAUUUGAUAACUGAAAAAGUCGCUGGCAAUUUGGUAGUAAAGGAAAACCAGUCAUUUUCAGAUUCUCUGAAAGAAAGCUCCACUGCGUUCGUAAACUUAUCAGAUACUCCAUACAUACCUGCGUCUAUGUCAAAUUGCCCAGAGAACUACUGCCGAACAAGCUGUUGUAGUAAACAUGUUCUACCAUUGGGUUUCACCCCCAAACCAGUGAAACCCGCAUCUGUGAAGAGGGUUGAGUUUAAGGAGCAUGAUAAUAAACAAGAUAUUGAAGUUGAAGGACAUGGAAAAGUUACAGUGAAUUAUACUAACUAUGAGUCUGAAAAACAAAUGAAAGACAUAAUAUCUCUUAACAAAGAUCUUUCAGAACCUUAUUCUAUAUACACUUACAGAUAUUUCAUUCAUAACUGGCCUAAGUUGUCAUUUCUAGCAUAUGUUGAGGAGACAUGUGUAGGUGCUAUUGUGUGUAAAUUGGAUAUUCACAAAAGAUGACAAGGAGAGGGUAUAUCCAUGUUAGCUGUUGAUGACUUAUAUAGAAGACAUCAAAUAGGUAGUAAUUUAGUUAUAAAGGCAAUCAAGAAAAUGAUAGAAAUUGGAUGUGAUGAGGUUGUACUUGAGACAGAGAUCACCAAUGUUGGUGCUUUGCUUUAUGAGAAUCUUGGAUUUGUUCGUGACAAGCGUCUGUUUAAAUAUUACCUCAAUGGCGUGGAUGCUCUACGUUUGAAGCUUUGGUUACGAUGAAUGAAACUGAUUUUUCAAUGAAUAAUGGAAGUGCACUCAAGUCAAUGAAUUCCAGAUGAAAAAAUGAUGUUUAAAACUGUAGUAGUUGACUAUAUUUUGUUGCCAUUCUUUGAUAACAUGUCUUAGCCAUGUUGGUCAGUGUUAAGCAUGUAGACACAUAAUACUAGUCAAUUUACUAUUCAAUAAUCACUGCAUGAAUGUAUUGAAUAUUUUUAUUUUAUGAAAGACGUGUGAUGGCCCUAA